UGUAGGGGGGGGGGGGGCGGAGAGGUCCGCGCGCCAGCGCUGAAGCCACUGCGACUGCUGCUGCCGCGCGCUCAAGUGGAGAGGAGGAGGAGGUGGAGGAGGUUCGUGUCGGGAAGGGCGGCACAGGCAGCUCGGAACCUCCCGUCGGCGGCAAGGGGCCCUCCCGGGGCGGUGAGUGACACCUCUGGGCUUGCGCUGGAGUGCUGUGCUGCUGCCACGGCUGCUGGUGGUGGUGGUGGAGGGGAGUGGCUAGAGAGUAGAGAGGCGUGCGGAGAGAAUUGUCUCGAGACGCGGGGCUGUUUGGAGAGACGCGGAGACACUACGCGAGGACGCUCCGGAGACACGCGGAGACACGGGGAGACACGGGGAGACACGCGGAGUCGCGCAGAGAAACGGGGAGACACGCGGAGUCGCGCAGAGACACGCCGAGACACGGGGAGACACGCGGAGACACGGGGAGACACGCGGAGUCGCGCAGAGACACGGGGAGACACGGGGAGAUCUGUCGGAAUGCGCCACUGAGACGGGUGACUCGUUGCUGUGCCCACGGCCGCCGCGCAUCGGAGUCGAACCGGGAACUUUCGCUCCGUCUCUCUGUCUACCCGCGAACUCGAUAAUAUCAACCAACGAGACCACGACUUACAGUCGCAACAGCAGCAGUCAUCAUUUAUAUAUAUAAAGCACCAUCAUCAACAGCAGAAUAACAACAACAACAACAACCAUCAUCAUCAUCAGUGUCGGCUGCAGCAGCAGCAACAGCCGUAUCAAUAUCAACAGCAGCGGUAACAUCAUCAUCAUAUUCAUAAGCAGCAGAAUCGGCAGCAUUCACAGACCAGGUCACUAUCAUCACCACCACCACCAUCAGCAGCAACAGCAGCAGCCCCGUCGGCGCCACCAGCGAUGCGCCCACUCAACACGUGCGCCGCGAGACAGCCGCACCGCGCACUCGACACCUGAAAUCCGCGGUAGUUCCCCCACUACCACCACCACCACCACGCUGUGCCAUGCCGGUCCCGAACCGCGACUACGAGAGGCGCGGCUCCGGGAGCCCGGCUGCCGCGAGCCGCGUCGGAUUCCGGGCAGCCCUGGUCGAGAAGGACGGUGGCGGCGGUGGCGGCGGUGGUGAUGGAGGAGGAGGAGGUGGCGGUGAUGGAGCAGGAGGAGGAGUAGGCGACGGAGUCGGAGGAGGUGGUGGGAGCUUCGGCCGCGACGACGGAGAUUCUCUGCUGGGGCUGCAGUCCUCCGGGGGGCCCGGUGGUCCUGGGGGAGCCGCAGGGGUUGCGGGGCUACAAGGGGACCCCUUCUCAGGGAUGGCGAUGCGCGUCCGAAGCGGGAGGCACCAAGCCCGACGCGCCCCGGGGUACAGGCGCCUGCAGAACGUGCUCUACAACCUGCUGGAGCGACCCCGCGGGUGGGCCUUCAUCUACCACGCCUGCGUGUUCGUCCUGGUGCUGAGCUGCCUGGUGCUGUCUGUGUUCUCCACCAUCCAGACGUACCAGGACGCCGCCUCCAAGGCGGUGCUGCUGCUGGAGUACAUCAUGAUCGGGGUGUUUGGCCUCGAGUACUUCGCCCGCAUCUGGGCGGCCGGCUGCUGCUGCCGCUACCGGGGAUGGAGGGGCCGAUGUCGCUUCGCGCGGAAGCCGUUCUGCGUCAUCGACAUCAUCGUGCUGAUCGCGUCGCUGGCCGUGAUCAUCGCCGGCACCCAGGGCAACGUGUUCGCCACGUCGGCGCUGCGCUCCCUGCGCUUUCUGCAGAUCCUGCGCAUGGUUCGCAUGGACCGGCGCGGCGGGACCUGGCGGCUGCUGGGCUCCGUGGUGUACGCACACAGCAAGGAGCUCAUCACGGCGUGGUACAUCGGCUUCCUGGUGCUCAUCUUCUCCUCCUUCCUCGUCUACCUCCUCGAGAAGGACGAGGAUAACAAGUACUUCGAGACGUACGCCGACGCGCUCUGGUGGGGCACGGUGACGCUCACCACCAUCGGCUACGGGGAUAAGUACCCGGUCACGUGGGGGGGGCGGCUCUUGGCGGCCGCUUUCGCCAUCAUCGGCAUCUCCUUCUUCGCGUUGCCCGCCGGCAUUCUGGGCUCAGGCUUUGCCCUCAAGGUGCAGGAGCAGCACAGACAGAAGCACUUUGAGAAGCGACGGAGCCCAGCAGCAGGCCUCAUUCAGGCAGCGUGGAGGAUCCACGCCACGGACCCGUCCCGCGUGGACCUCACCUCCACGUGGAGGUUCUACUACGAGUGCAUCCCUUCGCUAAGCCAGAAGCUUUCCCUCCGCGAGCGACUGUCCAGCCCGGUCACGCAGCUCAUGAGGAGUCGACCUAACGCCGGGCCCAGCGGCGGCUGCGCCGGCUCCCUCACGCAGCCCGGCGGCGGCGGCGGCGGCGGCGGCACGACCGGUUCCCCCGGCGGGCACGGCCCCGACAGCAACGGCCCCGGCACGGCGGCGGCGGGGGCCGUGCCGGCGGACGCCGUCCGCUCCGGGUACAGCUCCCCCGCGGGGCCCGGCAGCGACGCUCCCUCGCCCGCCGCCCGCGUGCCCAAGUCGCGCUCGUUCAGCGAGCGGGCGCGCCUGCGCACGUCGCUGCGCAGCGUCCUGCACCACCGCGUCGGCACCGAGGGCGCGCUCACCGACGACAUGUUUAGCGAGGUGGGGCUGCCGGGAGACGUCACCCGGGAGAACUUUGAGCCCGUCGUCAAGAACGGCAUCCGAGCCAUCAGGGUGAUGAAGUUCCUCGUCGCGAAGAAGAAGUUCAAGGAGACGCUGAGGCCGUACGACGUGAAGGACGUCAUCGAGCAGUAUUCAGCAGGACACCUCGACAUGCUGGGCAGAGUCAAGAGCCUGCAGGCCCGGGUCGACCAGAUCCUGGGCGUGAGGACCCACUCGGGGCCUGUGGAGCGGAGGGGCCGCGACCGUGGGGCGGGCCCCGAGGCGGAGGCGCCGUGUGACGAGCUCAGCCUGCUGGGCCGCGUGGCGCGCGUCGAGAAGCACGUCCAGGCGAUCGAGCAGAAGCUGGACAUUCUGGUCGACCUCCACCGCCGCAUCCUUGCCGUGCCUCCCGCCGACGACCCCCAGGCGCUGCCGUGGCCCCCUCCUCCCCCGCCGCCCCCUCCCGAACGGGGGCCAACCGAGCCGCGGGCGCUGGCCUACGAGCUCGGAACGACCGCUCCGAUCGCGGCUCCGACCGUCGCCACCGCCGACAACGACCACGGUUACUUCUCGGCGCCCAAACCCGCGUCGACGUUCGUGCGUCUCGCCGACCACGGGGAGCCUCCGCCGCAGCCUCCGCCACCGCCUCUGCCGCCGCCUUCCCCACCGCCCCACGGCAAGCAGCGGUCGCGGUUCGGUGCCAGGCGGGCGCACCCGGCGAGCGAGCCGUCGUCGCGCGUCGACCCGGCGCCGCCGCUGCCGCCGCCGUACUCGUCUUUCGCGGCCGGGGCCUUGCCGUGCGGCCGCGCCGGAGGGCGCAGGUCGACGGCCGAGGGCCGGCGGGGCCGGGCGCACAGCCUCGACUGCCUCGAGCGGGAGAACGGCGUCGGGGUUCCGUCGACGGCGGCGCCGGCGUCAGCCGUCUCGCCGGCUGCCACGGCGACGGCGGGCGAGGGCUGGGCACGUCUGGCGGCGCAGGAGAGCCUGGGCAGCGACGACGCGUCGCUCAGUUGGCAGGACGUGGUGCUCUUCAUCAGCGACGAGGACGCGCAGCACGCGGACGCGGCGAGCGAAUGCGACGCCGACGACGCGGUGGCGGCGGCGGCGGCGGCGGCCGAGAGGCGCUCAGGGCUCGCGUGACACGGCCUCCCCGGGGGCAAAGGUUAAGGGUGGCAGGGUGAGGUGGAGGGUGAAUCACAGCGCGCAAACCUUGAAGGUGGGCCCUCUGCUGGCGGGGUUGUGGAAACGCCGACCAGAGCUCUGGUCUCGCGUGAGAUUCCCGAACUCCACCCAUCCAAGUCCUCGCAACCCACUACGGCGCCACUUCUCCACGUUUUAAUACUUCCUCGCUCCCCCGCGCGCAUCAUCCGAUGAUUGCUAAACGAAUCCCACGUGACAUAGGACACACGUGGUGACACGUAAGAGAUGUGUUGAUUAAUUCGAAUCGGCACUCCCCAUGUCACGUGGAAUAUGUUUAUAAAUCGUCAGGCACUUGCGGCAUGUCACAACUUAAUUUAAACAGAGACCGUUGGUACAUAUGGGAAGGUGGACUAUGGUGAGUCGUAAUGACUGGAGUUUGGGCACACUGGAUCUGAUGCUGCUUCACCCAAAUGGACCCAGACCUGUGCAGGCACCAGGGUACCUCGCAUGCCUCCAUCUGGCAUGGUUGGGCACAAAGGACAAUGUAUGCCUACACAUGUUAGAACCCAUUGAGAUAAACCUGUCUCAGUGACGAGCGUUGCCUGCUGGGGUAAGAAAAAGCACAGCGGUUACAGAAAGAAAAAAAAACAUGAACAACAAUUAAAUAUAUUACCGUGCAAAUGUUUCAGUUUCGCAACAUUAUCCAUUACACGUUUUCACGGGCAACGUGGCUGGGCUGUUGCUGGCUCGGCGAGUGGCAGUUGAGGCCACUACAGUUUUAAGUCUUAACACUGCGGUCCCAGGGAUAUGAUCUCGCCCUUGCACCAAUGGCGUGAAUGCCGAGUUGAUUGAGUCUCUUCAGAGGACAAAUGCUUUUGAUUUCCAACAAAAUGGUACCUGUACUCUUGACCGCCCCAAGGGAAAUGAUGGGCUGAGUUGACCCCCGUAACGGGAUUUGAACUGGUAACGUUCCAAAUGCAGGGCGAACGGACUCGUCGCUUGCACCACCCGGGCAGCUGGCCCGAGUCUCCGCUCUCAGUCCGUUUAAUAUUGAACGCAGCGCGACGCUGUUGGCUGUCGGCAAAGAGGCAGAAGUGUUACAGUCCUGUGGCAGGGCCAGGUCUGUCCGUAAUACAGUGACCACUGAUGACAUCUCUGCACCAAGUGUUGAGGCCUCCCCAGAUGGUGCUCACCUCAGAAAAAUUAAUGAUGGUGGUGGUGAUUAAGGGCUAAGGUAGCUUUGGCUGGGAUUCGAACCUUGUAAUUAUGAUCCUAGUCCUCUUCCAAAUAGACUACGGAGGUUGCAACUCCCAAUCUUGUGUGAUUCCACCAAUCCAACGUCCAUAAAUAAAUGUGGGCUCAUGGAACACUACCCAGUCAGCAUUGAUGACUUAUCAACAACAACAACAACAGGCAGCGGAAAUAUGAAUCAAUGAUCAAAGAGGACAUAAACCGUCACAGUGGCAAAGUCGCAACCCAGAGGAACGACUACGAAAGAAUGAAUAAACUGACAAUGGCAUCACCACAUCAGAGCAACAACGAGUAUUUAAUGACGCGCGACGCAUCAACUUGUAUUUAAGCCGGCGAGGGUUCGCGGGCUCGUGGCGCGGGUCUGCAAGCACGGUUCAUCGACGCAGACGCAGCGGCGUUGGCCGGCGAUGGGGAAAAAAAAAAACCGCGGCGAACGAAUGUCGGCCACCGCCAUUGCUGUCACAGCCACCGCGGCGUCGAAACCGGCGGUUUUCCCAAAGUGCACGCGGUUUUAAACCACGCGCUGCCGGUAUGAAUGUACUGUAACUCGCUGACCUCAUGCAAAUAAUCACGUGUUUAAUAAGGCAGCACAGUGCUGGAAUGAGAAGAAGAAUAAGAAGAAAAAAAAGUUGGGGGGGGAAAAAAUCAACCAAACUAGAAUUGGAGUAAAAAAAA